UCCCGGCAGGCCCCGCGCCCGGUGCAGUCUGGGGGAACAUGGCCGCUUCCGGUCUCGCGCUCCCGCCGGCGCGGGGCUGAGGGCUGCCACGGCCCCGCGCUCUCCUCCUGCUACCUCCCGCGCUGGCGGCCUCGGAAAGCCCCUCGGCCUUUUGCUCCCGCGCCAUGGAGAAGAGCUCGAGCUGCGAGAGUCUCGGCGCUCAGCCCGCGGCGGCGCGGCCGCCCAGCGAGGACUCGCUGUCCAGUGCAAUCAGGACCUGGGCUUAUGGGUUUACCAAAGGUACUGCUCUUAGUGCCUCCACUUCUCAUUCUGAGAAUUCGGUGCAUACAAAGUCAGCGUCCGCUGUAUCUUCAGAUUCCAUCUCAACUUCUGCAGACAACUUUUCUCCUGAUUUGAGGGUCCUGAGGGAGUCAAACAAAUUAGCAGAAAUGGAAGAACCGCCCUUGCUUCCUGGAGAAAACAUUAAAGACAUGGCCAAAGAUGUAACUUACAUAUGCCCCUUCACUGGUGCUGUACGAGGAACACUGACGGUCACCAAUUACAGAUUGUAUUUCAAGAGUAUGGAACGGGAUCCCCCAUUUGUUCUAGAUGCUUCUCUUGGAGUGAUUAGUAGAGUAGAAAAAAUUGGUGGUGCAUCUAGCCGAGGUGAAAAUUCUUAUGGACUGGAAAUUGUGUGCAAGGAUAUCAGGAACUUACGAUUUGCUCACAAACCUGAGGGGCGAACGAGAAGGUCCAUAUUUGAGAAUCUAAUGAAAUAUGCAUUUCCUGUCUCUAAUGGCCUGCCUCUUUUUGCUUUUGAAUAUAAGGAAGUAUUCCCCGAGAAUGGGUGGAAACUCUAUGACCCUCUUGUAGAAUAUCGAAGGCAGGGAAUUCCAAAUGAAAGCUGGAGAGUCACAAGGAUCAAUGAACGCUACGAGCUCUGUGACACGUACCCUGCCCUCCUGGUGGUGCCGGCAAACAUCCCCGAUGAGGACCUGAAGAGAGUGGCGCCCUUCAGGUCCCGGGGCCGAAUCCCUGUCUUAUCAUGGAUUCACCCUGAAAGUCAGGCCACGGUCACUCGGUGCAGCCAGCCCUUGGUAGGAGUCAGUGGAAGGCGCAGCAAAGACGACGAGAAAUACCUUCAGGCCAUCAUGGACUCCAAUGCCCAGUCUCACAAGAUCUUUAUAUUUGAUGCCCGGCCAAGUGUUAAUGCUGUGGCCAAUAAGGCGAAGGGAGGAGGUUAUGAGAGUGAAGACGCCUAUCAAAAUGCAGAGCUAGUGUUUCUGGACAUCCACAAUAUCCACGUCAUGAGAGAGUCAUUGAGAAAGCUGAAGGAGAUCGUGUACCCCAAUAUCGAGGAGACUCACUGGUUGUCUAACCUGGAAUCUACGCACUGGCUGGAGCACAUCAAGCUCAUUCUUGCAGGGGCUCUUAGGAUUGCUGACAAGGUAGAGUCCGGCAAGACCUCUGUGGUGGUGCACUGCAGUGACGGCUGGGAUCGCACAGCUCAGCUCACUUCCCUCGCCAUGCUCAUGUUGGAUGGGUAUUACCGAACUAUAGGAGGAUUUGAAGUGCUUGUGGAGAAAGAGUGGCUAAGCUUUGGACAUCGGUUCCAACUAAGGGUUGGUCAUGGAGAUAAGAACCAUGCAGAUGCAGACAGAUCGCCUGUUUUCCUUCAGUUUAUUGACUGUGUGUGGCAAAUGACAAGACAGAGAUCCUAUUCCCACCGACUCCACACCUACCUCAGAGGUCAACAUCCCAGCCCUUCAGAGUCACCAGGUAUUAACCUGGGAGAUGGGGUGGUGAGGUGCUGUUUGGGAUGGGGAUAAUUUUUUUUACUGUGACUUAAUUCUAAAUCAAGAAAACCAUCCUCACACCUUAAAAUUGAAAACAGUUUAUUGGUAUGUUAAUUAUUCAAAGCAUUAGCCCUCAAAUCAAGAGUCUGAAUCAUUUUUAAUUAUGUUUUCAUCUGAAUAGCAACUAGAACAGUUGUUGGCUCUGCUUGGCUUUGGAAUCAUAAGUUAAAAGGCGGUAAUAUUUCACUAAAAGAAAAUCGGAAUCCUCGGGUGAAAGAAAUAUUCCAAUCAUACGCUUAAUAGUCCCCUCCCCUCCCCUAAUAGCAUUUAUUUUACCUUGAAUUACUUUGGAACUGGCAAGGUGGUUAAAGUGACCAGAGAUAGGACUUUAGUGUGAAUCUGGAAUUUUUCACAUAUAAUGAAAAUAAGUAUACAAUUGAGUUUCUUUCAUAAAUGAUACCUUUGGAGUACUGGGAGAAAGGAGAACCUAAUUUACAUAAAGAAUGUUAUAGAGUGGUUGAAUUUCUUUUAUGGCAGUCUUUUUGAAGCAGUUAAGACCAGGUACAGAAACCCUACCUGUCUUUCAGGAGUCAUUUUUGACCAUUACCAUAUUACUUUUAACUUUACUGAGAAAAUGAGAUGUCAUCAGAGAAUAGGAAAGCUGUUUUAAACUGGCAUUGUUGAUAGCAAAGUAUGACUUAAAAAACAAUUCAUACAUGCAUGCAUAUGUGUCUUGAUCAAAUCCACACCUAUUUUUUCCCAACUACAGGCAAAGUAUGCUUUCUGAGAUGGAUACACUGAAGAGAGGAAGGUGUCACUAUUAUUAGUUCUGGUUUGUUGAGUUUAAAAAGAAAAAAUCAUAUUUACCAAUCUGCUAAAGGGUACAUCAACUAUUUCUGCAUGCUGUUUCUUGAAACGAUUAGUCUUAAUUACUAAAUGUUAGUUAAAAUUGUAGUUAUCUUUAAAUAGGUGGCUUUUUGUUUUCCUUUGUGAACACAAGCAUGUAGUUGUUUGGUAGUAGUCAGUGUACCAGUACCAGUGUAGCCACUAACACAGCCCAUUUGUCAGGCACCAGUUAGGAACUAGCCAUGCUCUCUCCCCACCCUGGGCCAUUGCCUUGCUCCUGACCAGGAAGCAGUUGUUGAAAGGCUCUUCCUUCGUACUUUAAACACGUAAAGGAAAAAGGCUUCUCUGUUUAGGACCAUAAAAUCAAGAGCAGCAUUACUAAAAUUCCUAUUUUAGUAAUGCUCUGCUAUUUCAGUUACAUUGUGAGGAAAUGUGCACCAAUUAGGCUGUCUUCUCAGUGUGGAACUGGGUUACCAAAAGCAUGGAAACUGCUCACAGGCUGGCUCCCAGACUGCAUCUAGAUUGGGGUAGUUAAGGCCUUGUGUGAUGAGCCCUGGCAGUGGGAAUUGUGGCCUUGUGUGAUGAGCCCUGGCAGUGGGAACUUGACUUACUGACUUAGGCUAGGUUCCUGGCUUCAUAGCUAGAAAUACGAGGUGCCUAGUAAUUGCCUUUUUCAGAGAAAGUACCCCGUUUCUCUGCCAGGAGACUUCAAGAAAUGUUUCAUCUGUGUUGCUAUGUGUACUUUAUACUUGGGAAUUAUGGGCCUUUCUAAAACACAAACACUUGAAAACAGUGUUUUCCAGUCAGCAAUCUAAAUCCUCAUGGAAUUCUAUUUCAAGACCCUGUAAUUGCCUAGCUUCAUAAACAUAAGAUUCUGAAUAGUUUUGAAAUACUGAUAGAUGAAACUAACCAUUUAAAAACCUUUUUUUUGGGGGGGGGGAUCCUGUAAUUUAAUUACUUUUAUUGGACCACCAUAAUUAUGUUACAUAAAGUUAGAAGACCCAGAGUUCUUGGCUUGGGUAUGAGGGAUAUUUUGUGUUGGACCAGUAAUACCAGUUGUGAAUUAGAAGAGACUGUGAUGAUUUGGAUAUGGGAUAUUUCUUAACCAGAUAAGUAGGUUGACUUCUAAGCUAUCUGCACAUCCGUGUAGAAUAUGUACUCUUGGUUAUGUAUGUCCUACUGACAUUUUCUGAGCACACUUGAGACUUUCAAUUUUGAGAGAAGUGACACAUGUUGAAAACAGUUACAAUGGACAUAAAACAGCAUGGGCAGUCCAUUCAAAUACAAGCAUGAAAAAAGACUGGUAGAAAUUAGCUAGGAAAGCAAUAAAGGGUUUCUGAAGCAGGAACCAAGCAAGCAAUGCCACAGUGGCUUAGGUGUGUACUUUUAAACCUCGUUAGACUUUACUGUCACAAAGGACUAGUAACAGGGCUAAAUAUACUCAGUGUCUCAAUUCAA